CACACGGCACAAACAUGAAACGCUGUUCUUUUCACAGUCGAUUUUUCCCAAAUAAAUUAAACUGAAUUCCGAUCAAAUUGGUCUUAAUAAAUGUUUAUACGUCUAACAUUUUAGUUUUAGAUAUUAUUAAAAAAAAAACCAACGCUUAUAAGUCUGUUUAGCUUUAACAGCAAACCCUUAUUUGUGGUUGUCUUGGUUACAUGGAACCAAGUGAAAAGCGUCGGAGCUUGAUAAAUGCUAGAAAACACAUUACAUUUUCUUUUGUCUUAGAAAGUUUGCUGUAUGCGAGUUAACAGUAUUUAAGGAUGUCAAAAAAGAAAAGCGAGUCAAAGCAGCAGGAAGAUGCAAAUGUGUCGUCUGAGAGCGCAGGACAGGUUGAAUCACAGAAAGAAACACUGUUGCACAUGGAAUAUGACAUUCUUACUGAGGAGCUAUGCACACUGAAGAUAAGAGUUCAACAACUACGAAAAGAAAAUGACUUUCUUCAGAAUGAGGCUGCCCAGACUCAUGUGGAAAGUGAAGAGUACAUCUCAUAUCUCGCUAAGAGAGCAGAGAAGAGACAGACUGCAAUAGGGUCUUUGAGUGAUCAGAGUCAUCGGGAACUUGAGAAGCUGCUGAGACAGAGACAGAGCAUGCAGGAAAAUCACGAGGAGCAGGCCAGCGAACUACGGAAGGAGAUCCUGCGCAUGGAACAUCAGCUGGCCAAGCUAAAUAUGGAAAUUGCAGACCUGGAAGACGUCAAGACUCUACAACAGCAGCAGUCGUGUCGUAUUGCAGAGCUGGAAAGAGAAGUGGCUGCCAUGCAGGGUCAUCAUUCAAAGACUCUGCUGGCUCUCAGGGAUGACUUCAAAAAAGAGAAGGAGAAAUAUGAGAAAAUGGCAAAGGAAAAAGUGCGAGCUUUCACUCUUUCCAUCACGAAGAUGGCAAAACACACUCUGAUGUCUUAUUCGAAAGAGGUGCUUGAGCAGAACAAAUGUUUACGAAUGGAGUUAGAAAACCUGGCUCAGAGAUUACACGCCCUACAAAGACAGCAGAAAUCUCUUGAGAGCCAUCAACGGCAGCUUCUGCAGGAGAGAGAGUAUGUGCUGAAGCUCCAUGCUCAACGUGUUUCCCAGUGCUCAAAAUACACACCAGUGGGUUUAAUUGACAAACAAGAAGAGAACCCCAAACAAUAAUCCUUCAGUUACAACACAUGAUUUAAUAGUAGAUGACUUGCAGCAAACAUAUGAAAACUAUUAAGAGUUUAUGAGAAUAAAUAAGUAGUAUUUGAUGAAAGAAUACUUUUUGACAUUUUACAUUGGAAUAAAUAAGCAGUUUAUUCAAAAC